AUGUCUGGCACCGUUAUCCUUACUGGUGCCAAUAGCUCAGCCGGUCUCCACGCCUCCGAGCAUCUCAUCAAGACGUAUCCGCAGCAUACUGCUAUUUUUACCGUUAGAAGUGCUUCUAGCGAUGAUGUUAAUACCAACAAACUACGUGAUAUUAUAGCUCGAUACCCUAAUGCGAAAGUGUUCGUUCAUGAGUUUGACCUAGCCGACCUUACUGCCGUCCAUGCAUUUGCUACCAUUAUUUCGGGGCAGAUUAUGAGCGGAUCUUUACCCGCCAUCAGGUCCAUCAUCUGCAAUGCAUUUUACUGGAACCUUCUCGUUGACCCCGAACUCACCGUCGACGGUUACGACAAAACGUUGCAAGUCGGUCACAUUGCUCAUGUAGCCCUAGUGUUGCGUCUUCUCGAACAUUUCAGUCCCGAUGGCGGUCGUAUCGAGCUCCUCUCCAGUGGUUCUCAUUACCGUAGAAAGAGUGUGAUGACACCGUAUUUUCCCGAAAUUCCUGAGAACAUUGAUCACCUUAUCCAUCCGCCCGCGGAUCGCGAUAAACAAGGUAGAGGAGCUCAGAGAUAUGCCAAUUUGAAAUUGGUUGUUACCAUGUGGAUGUAUCCGCUCAACGAGUACCUACAAAAGGACCCCAAGCUCUCCAGGAUCACUGUCGUGGCCAUAAAUCCCGGAAACAUGGGCGAUUCUCGCGCUUUUCGAACCAAUGUCCCGCUCUCGGUGAAGGCCAUGCAGGCGCUGGUAUUCAACCCGCUAAGGCCCUUGAUUCGGCGCUUUGCCGACCCGACUUUCCGCACGUCGCGCGACGCCGGUAUCGAUAUUAUAGAGCUGGGUGUUGGUAAGGCGGAAGAUGGAGAGCGAGGGUUCUAUACGCUUCUCGAGAAAGACGACCCUGACCCCGCCGUUCUGGACAAGGAGAAGCAGCGCAUUAUAUGGGAGAAGAGUGCCGAGUGGGCUAAAAUUAAUAAGGAUAAUACUGCGCUGAAAAUCGGGUUUGAAUGA